UGUCUAGUAAGAGUGAAUGUGAGUGGUGAGUCUGGUCCAUGUGAACGUGAGUGGCUGAGUGGUGAGUGGUAGUGGUGUCUGGUGGGAGUGAACGUGAGUGGUCAGUGUUUCGUGGGAAUAACUGAGUGUCUAGUGAGAGUGAAUGUGAGUGGUGAGUCUGGUCCAUGUGAACGUGAGUGGUUGAGUGGUGAGUGGUAGUGGUGUCUGGUGGGAGUGAACGUGAGUGGUCAGUGUUUCGUGGGAAUAACUGAGUGUCUAGUGAGAGUGAAUGUGAGUGGUGAGUCUGGUCCAUGUGAACGUGAGUGGUUGAGUGGUGAGUGGUAGUGGUGUCUGGUGGGAGUGAACGUGAGUGGUCAGUGUUUCGUGGGAAUAACUGAGUGUCUAGUGAGAGUGAUUGUGAGUGGUGAGUCUGGUCCAUGUGAACGUGAGUGGUUGAAUGGUGAGUGUGAGUGGUGUCUGGUGGGAGUGAACGUGAGUGGUCAGUGUUUCGUGGGAAUAACUGAGUGUCUAGUGAGAGUGAAUGUGAGUGGUGAGUCUGGUCCAUGUGAACGUGAGUGGUUGAGUGGUGAGUGUGGGUGGUGUCUGGUGGGAGUGAACGUGAGUGGUCAGUGUUUCGUGGGAAUAACUGAGUGUCUAGUGAGAGUGAAUGUGAGUGGUGAGUCUGGUCCAUGUGAACGUGAGUGGUUGAGUGGUGAGUGUGAGUGGUGUCUGUUGUGAGUGAACGUGAGUGGUGUCUGGUGAGAGUGACUGUGAGUGGUCAGUGUCUCGUAUGAGUAAGUAACUGAGUGUCUAGUGAGAGUGAAUGUGAGUGGUGAGUCUGGUCCAUGUGGACGUGAGUGGUUGAAUGGUGAGUGGUAGUGGUGUCUGGUGGGAGUGAACGUGAGUGGUCAGUGUUUCGUGGGAAUAACUGAGUGUCUGGUGAGAGUGAUUGUGAGUGUGAGUGGUGUCUGGUGGGAGUGAACGUGAGUGGUGAGUGUGAGUGGUGUCUGGUGGGAGUGAACGUGAGUGGUCAGUGUUUCGUGGGAAUAACUGAGUGUCUAGUGAGAGUGAAUGUGAGUGGUCUGACGGCGCUCCUGCACCCUGCCUCGCACGCCCCCUGCACACCACGAGACGGGCAUUUGUUAAAGUCCAGCGGUGAGUGCGUCUGGUUCUGCUAAAUCCCCAGUUCGACUCGAGAAGAGAAAGACGAUCGAGAUGGCGAACGAGGCCAAUCCAUGUCCGUGCGAGCUGGGAGACGUAAUGCCCUACAUUGGGCAUGGCAGGGAGGUGCGUGCGGGACACGUGGAGUCUUACCUGAGUGCGGCUCAGGCCGGUGCCAAUGGGGAUCAGCCCUCGGAUCGAGGUCUCAUCAUCAUCCAGGACAUCUAUGGGUGGAGGCUGCCCAACACUCGCUUCAUCGCGGACUGGCUGGCCGGAGUAGGAUUCACGUGCAUCGUCCCAGACUUUUUCCUGGGGAAGGAGCCUUGGGGCCCCAGCCAUGACUGGAGCACCUUUCAGGAGUGGCGAAAGGACAAACAGCCCACCAACAUCGCCAAAGAGAUCGAUGCCGCGAUGGAUUACCUGAAGACGGAGUGUGGGGUGCAGCGGAUUGGGGUCUUGGGUUUCUGCUGGGGAGGCCUGGCCGUCCACCACCUGCUGCUCACAAACUCCGAGCUGCGAGCCGGUGUGGCUUGCUACGGUAUCAUUCGAGAGGAGGAGCACCGGUAUGCACUCAAGAAUCCCGUCUUAUACAUCUUUGGAGAAAAUGACACGUUCAUUCCACUGGACAUGGUGCACUCGCUGGAGAAACGCCUUGCGGUUGAGUGCCAGGUGGACGUGCAGGUGAAGGUGUUUCCCAGACAGACGCACGGCUUCGUGCACCGCAAGCACGAGGACAUCAGUCCGGCCGACGAGCAGCACAUUAAGGAAGCACGUGCCGAUCUGCUCGCCUGGCUCAACAAAUACGUGUGAUGGCACUCUUACCGAGCCAGUGGUAGCACGAUUUAGCCACCAGUUGCCAAAUGAGUCUCCCCGUGCUUUGUAUAAGGAAAUGUGGGUCACUUUGUACAAUUAAUUAACAGCACUGCUAACAUUUUGAUUUCACUAAAAAGUGUUCUUCCUUUCACAUCAGCGUGGCCUUGUAGUUCCAGAAAUACAUUGUCUUACCUAAGCAAACAAGAAAACGCCAUAUAUCUUAAAUGGCCAGCCUUUAAUGCCUGCAAUAGCUACAGAGAGAUUCCUUGUUGAAUCUGCACGUGUAAAAUUUUCACUCGUUAGCAAUGUGUAAAAAUUAUACAGGCAAUAAUGAUUGUACUGAAUGCACUUCGUAGUAAGGCAAGAAUGUUAUAUAAUCGAUAAUACUUGAGCCAACCAGUCUGGUGUAUCCAAAACAGAAACACGGACAAUUAUGGGUUCAUUUUAUAGCAGAAUAAACAUUAAUUUAACAUGCUGCACUAAUUGUUUCAUUUGAAUUGUU